UUUUACUUGCAUAUUACUCCUAUUGAAAAGGGCUUAAUCAUGUUCAACAAUGUAUUUUUAUACUUUCUUAUCGUACCGAGUGUCAUAGCAUUUUCAAAAAGUAUCAUAUUAGGAGGUUUGUUUUCUGAAGAAGACUUGACGAGGCAGGCAUUUGAGCUCUCAAUAAACGCGGUGAACACCAUGAGAACAGAGACCGAUGAAUUUGCGGAUCCUUUCUUCAAGCCAGAAGUGAUAACGAUCGGUGACGAUGUAUUCGACAUUUCCCAAGGAGUCUGCACGCUUGCUGGCCAAGGAGUUGCCGCGAUAUUUGGCCCAGAAGAUUCGGUCUCGUCAAUCCAUGUGCAAAGUAUGUGUGACACUAUGGAUUUGCCAAACUUGGUAGCUCGGUGGGAUUCAAAUCUCCUUCGUAUGAAGGCUAUCAACUUCUAUCCACAUUCCGAAACUCUUCCAUUGAUUUAUUUGUACCUGGUAACUGAAUUCAAAUGGGAAAAAUUUACAAUAUUGUACGACAGUACAGAGGGACUUAUUCGUCUGAACAGAUUGCUGCAAAGGUGGGACACCAAAGGUUAUCCCGUGACCCUCCGCUUCUUAGGUGAAGGACCUGAUUAUCGGGGAAUUCUCAAACAAGUAAGAAACUCUGGAGAAGAGAACAUUAUUAUCGACUGUUACUACCCCGCGCUUGAAGAAAUAUUGAAGCAGUCUCAGCAAGUUGGAAUCCUUUCUGAACGUCAUAAAGUAAUCAUCACUUCAUUGGUAACUAAUCAAUUUUUUAUGAUAAAUUUAUUGGACCUGCAAACGCUUGAUCUAGAUCCCUAUAGUCACUCUGGCGUCAACAUAACCGGAGUUCGUCUCCUGGACCCAGAAGACCCAGAUUCCGUGUCAAUAUUCAAUGAUUAUUUGGCCGACAUGGGUCUGGAAGACUUAUCGAAGAUGAGAACCGAAUGGGCACUGAUAUACGAUGCGGUCCAGCUGUUUUCCCACGCUUUCAAGCAACUAGAGGAAGCCGUCGAGGGAGAUGUUAAAGAGUUAGCUUGCGACGGUAUUGAUAAUUGGGAUCACGGAGCUUCACUUGGAAAUUUCAUCCGAGCUACCGAAAUGAAAGGACUCACUGGUCUUAUUAAAUUCCAUACAAAUGGAUUCCGCAGUGACUUCAAGCUCAAUGUCCUCAGACUGACAACAGACGGUCUGAAAACUAUUGGCAAUUGGAAUAGUACCGGGAAAAUCGAGUGGAUUCCAGAACCUCCUCCCGCAUUGCCCAAUGGUUUAAUCGAUUUGGCUAACCAAACUUUCACCGUUUUGAUAUCAUUGCUGGAUCCAUUUAAUAUGCUGACAGAAUCGGCUGCCACAAAAUCGGGCAAUGAUCGAUAUGAAGGAUUUGCUAUUGAUAUCAUACACGAACUAAGUGAAAUUCUGCAUUUUAACUAUACACUUGUGGAACAACUUGAUAAAGCCACCGGUGGUUACGAUGAAAAAACCGGAAAAUGGACUGGGAUGCUUGGAAAAAUUAUUGAUGGGGAAGCCGAUCUAGCCAUCACAGAUUUGACAAUAACAUCAGAACGUGAAAAAGUGGUCGACUUUACGAUGCCUUUCAUGCAUUUGGGAAUAAGUAUAUUAUACAAAAAGCCAAAAAAAGCGCCACCAAGUCUGUUUUCAUUUUUGUCGCCGUUCUCUGGAGCAGUAUGGAUCGCCCUGUUCGGAGCUCUAUUUUUCACAUCACUUAUAGCCUUUAUAAUUGGACGAAUAUGUUCACCAGAAUGGAACAAUCCGUACCCUUGCGUAGAGAACCCCACGGAACUUGAAAAUCAGUGGACAUUUUCAAACUGCCUUUGGUUUACCAUCGGAAGUAUCAUGCAGCAAGGUUCCGAAGUGGCGCCAAUCGCAAUAUCAACGAGGAUGCUGGCAACAGCCUGGUGGUUCUUCUGUAUGCUGAUGACGGCCUCUUACACGGCUAAUUUAGCGGCCUUUCUCACGGUAGAGACCAUCGUAAGGCCUAUAAAGUCAGCGGAAGACCUUGCAGCGUUAAACGGGGAAAUUCCAUACGGCGCCAAAAAAAACGGCGCGACUUACAAGUUCUUUCAGAAUUAUGUCGGUCUAAAGGGUUCCAAUUAUUCGACGUACGCGACGAUGUACAAGUACAUGUCAGAGCAUCCUGAGGUCCUGACGGAGAGCAACGAUGCAGGAAGAGAUCGGGCUCUCAAUGAGGACUACGCGUUUCUCAUGGAGUCCAGUAGUAUCGAGUAUAUUUCUCAAAGAUACUGCGAUUUAACUCAAAUCGGCGGGGAGCUGGACAACAAGGGUUAUGGAAUCGCCAUGCGAAAAAAUUUCCCAUACAGAAACCUGCUGAACACAGCCGUUCUACAAUUGCAAGAAAGCGGAAUCCUUUCUGAGCUAAAGAAGAAAUGGUGGAACGAAAAACGUGGCGGUGGUGGCUGCUCUGACGAAUCACAAGGAAGCGCAGCCACAGAAUUAACUCUAGACAACGUCGGAGGAGUUUUCCUGGUCCUGGUAGUCGGCGUCUCAAUAACCCUCCUGAUAUCAGCAGCGGAUAUGGUGUCUGACGUUUGGGGAUAUGCUCGAAAAGAGAAUCUUCCCUUCAAAGAGGAGUUAAAGAAAGAACUGGCGUUCUUCAUAAAGUGUCGAGGCACUGUUAAACCUUCUCGAAGCGCCCGAAGGUCCUCAUCCCAGCCGGACAGUUCGCGGGGCGACACUCCGCCCUACGGGUUCGUCCCCACAGUAAUAACCUCUCCUCACCCAGAAGAGCCCUAA